UCUCACGUCGACUCCGGAUGUCUCCUCAAUCCAAUCAGGAUGCAUCGCGCGUCCACAAGUGCUCGCGCAGCUGAAGCAAACCCGGCAGAGCAAUCUGCCUAAUGUCGAUAUGGAAUGGAUGUCUGCCAAGGCGCGAGGCUGUCCCCGUUCCCUCCCACCGCAGCCCAGCAGAGACGUGCUCCGCUUCGACGCGCUUGCUCCGUUCUGCUGAUACAUCAGAGCCCCUUCUGUCGCAGCUGUCCGCGCUUGUCCCCUUGUGCGCCGGGUAGAUCGUUCGGGGUGUGACCGCCGUAGAGUAAGCGCCAGGCCCGCGUGCAGCCUCCAGGCCCUGAUACCAACCACCUCCGCGCUGUUGACCGUCUCCCCGUUCUGCACAUUGUCGACGCGUGUAUCCCGUCGCAACCCCGUUUCUGACCACCUACAAGCUACGCGACGCCCUCGCGCUCCCGCAAUGUCGACGCGUGAGCUCCGCAAGCGCAAGACGCCCCCUCCCGCGCCCGUCAAGCCGGCGAAGGCGCAGAAGAAUGCGCCCAAGUCCAAGGUAGAGAAGGUCAAGGAAGCCAUCAAGGAGAAGGUCGAGGCCGUGAAGGAUCUCUCGGCCAAGUCCAACGGCGAGUCCGUGGUCCCCGCAACGGGCGCAAUCGCGCCCAAGGCUGGCGAUACCAUCCCGCUCACGAGCUUCGGCGGCGAGGUCGAGACGCACGAGGGCACCAAGACGACGCUCGCGAAGCUGGUCGAGCAGAGCAAGAGCGGCGUCGUGCUCUUCACGUACCCCAAGGCUUCGACGCCUGGAUGCACCAAGCAAGCAUGCCUUUUCCGCGACUCUUACGAGCCCCUGACCGUCAGCGGCCUCUCCAUCUACGGGCUCUCCACCGACAGCCCCAAGUCCAACACCACCUUCAAGACCAAGCAGAACCUGCCCUACCCGCUGAUCUGCGAUCCCUCGCAAUCCCUCAUCUCUGCCAUUGGCUUGAAGGGGCCGAAGAGCGCUAAGCGCGGUGUAUUCGUGGUCGACAAGACCGGCAAGGUUCUGGCCGCCGAGCCAGGCAGCCCUGACGGGACCGUUGCUGUGGUCAAGAAGAUUGUGGACGGGAGCACCACUGCUGGUGGGCCAAACGCGCCUUCCGUCGCAGAUGCCAAGGCUGAAGACGCCGAGGCCGCAAAGACCGCCAGCGAGGUCGCAGACACUGCUGCGAAGGUCGAUGCUUGAGCCUCGCCUGGCUCAUGAUCCGUCGGUUUUGUUCUGAAUACGGUAUUGAUGGCGUUGGAUAUGUGACGUAAUAGUCUUGUUCUAGGGGCGAGACACGCUUCGUAGGCUGCAUGCGUGCACUC